UAUUUCUAGGCCUUUCUUUCACUGCGUCAUGGGGUAGACACCCAACUUUGAUAGCCUCCAAAGCUUCAGAAUAUUCGCAAUGUCAGAACACUCUUGACACGCGCCUGACAUCCAUUGUUCUAUACAAAUACAGUACCUGCCUCCCCUGCAUCAUUGCAGAGUGACACGGUGUCACGCUAAAAUUGGCAAAAAAGAUCGAUCCGGGUGUGGAAAAGGAGAUGAGAAGUUAGGCAUCGAUGAGAAAGAGGUGUGGGAUUUAGGCAGGCACACCCGUUUCUCGUGUCGUCAAAGCAGAAUCCCAUCGUCGCAGCCCAAUUCCGUGUGCCUGUGCUUUGAGCUCGAGAGAUGGGGACCGGGGAGGAGGUAGUCCUCGUUCUUUGCCUCCUGGGCGCCUUCAUGGCCGUCGGCGACGCGCAGCGUUCGCCGCCGCUGGCGCCACAGCCGCCGCCGCCGCCGCCUCAGCCCUCGCCGUUCGGGCGCACCAUGUCGACCUUCAUCACGGUGGCCAUCAGCGUGUUCUUUUUCUUGCUUUUCUUCUGCGCGUACAUCAACCAGUGCCGCCUCGCCGACCCCGGCGCGCAUGGGCCCCACACCGCGGCGGCAGCGGCAGCGGGAGCCGGGGGCGGGCCGUCCAGGAGGGGGAAGCGCGGGGUGGACCCGUCCGUGGUGGCCACGUUCCCGAUCGUGCGGUACAGGGAGAUCGUGGAGCACAAGAUCGGCAAUGGCGUGCUGGAGUGCGCCGUGUGCCUCACGGCCUUCGAGGACGGCGACGACCUCCGCCUGCUGCCACACUGCUCGCAUGCGUUCCACCCGGAGUGCAUCGACCCCUGGCUCCAGGCGCGGGUCACGUGCCCGCUGUGCCGCGCCAACCUCGAGAAGCCGGCGCCGCCACCGCCGGCGGUAGCGCCCCCAUCGCCAGAGCAGGUGGUGCAGCGUCAGGCUUCGCCGCCGCCGGAGGCCGUGGCGAUACCCAUGGUGGAGGGCCACGAAGAGGAAGACAGCGACGAGGACGAUAGGAAGGAAGAGGCCAUGGAGCUCGAGAUGCUGCGCAGCGCGCGGCGGGCGGCGAGGAUGCCUAGGUCGCACUCGACGGGGCACUCUCUCUUCGCGGCGGCGGCUGCCGCCGCCGCAGAGGAGGGCGACCACGAGAGGUUCACGCUGCGGCUGCCGACGCACGUCAGGGAGGACGUGCUCAGGUCUCGCCGUCUGCGCCACGCCACGAGCCUAAUCAACCUCUCGGACGUGAGCUCCGAGGGGAGCUCCAGAGGAGGACGGAGCUUUGGAGGAGGCGGAGGAAGCUUCGGCAACGGCGGAGGCGGCGGGAGCAGCCACGGCGGGCGCCGGUGGCAGGCGUUCCUGGUCAGGACGGUGUCGUGGGCGCGGGGCGGAGGCGACGGCUCGACGAGAAGAGGAAGGGACGGCGGCGAGUCGAGCAGAAAGGGUGCGGCCUCGCCCCCGGCGGUGGGCGGCCGUGAUUACCUCCACGGCGGCGGCGCCACUGUGGCCGGAAUGAUUGACUGUAAAAAUUAACAGUUGUGCUUCCUUUUCUUUUCUUUUGUUUCCUUUUUGUUUAUGAAUUUUCCUAACUACUUUUUAGCUUUUACUUUUGCAAAGUGAAAUUUCUUUGGCUUGUAGAUUUUAUGGAUUUGAAAACUAACAAAGCGAGAAGAAUUCAAGAA